GGCGGAGACACGGGUGAUGAUUGGCUUUCUGGGGGGAGAGGAAAUUCUGUGAUUGGCCAGAUCGCUGGAGCUCGCCGACGCUGUGAGAGGACGCUCCCACGGAGGCCGGCGUUGGCUGUGAAAGGCCCCAGGCAGCCACCUGGGGGCAGUGGGCACUCGUCAGAGCGGCUGGAGCCGGACCAUCGUCCCAGAGAGCUGGGGCAGGGUGCCGUGCCCAAUCUCCAGGGCUCCUGGGGCCACUGCUGACCUGGCUGGAUGCAUCGGGCAGUGGACCCUCCAGGGGCCCGCACUGCACGGGAAGCCUUUGCCCUUGGGGGCCUGAGCUGUGCUGGGGCCUGGAGCUCCUGCCCACCUCAUCCCCCUCCUCGUAGCGCAUGGCUGCCUGGAGGCAGAUGUUCGGCCAGCAUUGGGCAGCCUCCACUCCCUGCUCCCCUACCCCCUUCGCAUGGCAGUAGCUCUGGGCACCCCAACAAACCAUAUUAUGCUCCAGGGGCACCCACUCCAAGACCCCUCCAUGGGAAGCUGGAAUCCCUGCAUGGCUGUGUGCAGGCAUUGCUCCGGGAGCCAGCCCAGCCAGGGUUGUGGGAACAGCUUGGGCAGUUGUAUGAGUCAGAGCAUGACAGCGAGGAAGCCAUUCGCUGCUACCACAGCGCCCUUCGAUAUGGAGGAAGCUUCGCUGAACUGGGACCCCGAAUUGGCCGACUGCAGCAGGCCCAGCUCUGGAACUUUCAUGCUGGCUCCUGCCAGCACCGAGCCAAGGUCCUGCCCCCCCUGGAGCAAGUGUGGAACUUGCUGCACCUUGAGCACAAGCGGAACUAUGGAGCCAAGCGGGGGGGUCCCCCGGUGAAGCGAGCUGCCGAACCCCCAGUGGUGCAGCCUGUGCCUCCUGCAGCACUCUCAGGCCCCUCAGGGGAGGAAGGCCUCAGCCCUGGAGGCAAGCGCAGAAGAGGCUGCAACUCUGAACAGACUGGCCUUCCCCCAGGGCUGCCACUGCCUCCACCACCAUUACCACCACCACCACCACCACCACCACCCUUACCUGGCCUGGCCACCAGCCCGCCAUUUCAGCUGACCAAGCCAGGGCUGUGGAGUACCCUGCAUGGAGAUGCCUGGGGCCCUGAGCGUAAAGGCUCAGCACCCCCAGAGCGUCAGGAGCAGCGGCACUCGCUGCCUCACCCAUAUCCAUACCCAGCUCCAGCCUACACCGCGCACCCCCCUGGCCACCGGCUAGUCCCGGCUGCACCCCCAGGCCCGGGCCCCCGCCCCCCAGGAGCAGAGAGCCAUGGCUGCCUGCCUGCCACCCGUCCCCCCGGAAGUGACCUUAGAGAGAGCAGAGUUCAGAGGUCGCGGAUGGACUCCAGCGUUUCACCAGCAGCAACCACCGCCUGCGUGCCUUACGCCCCUUCCCGGCCCCCUGGCCUUCCCGGCACCACCACCACCAGCAGCAGUAGCAGCAGCAGCAGCAACACCGGCCUCCGGGGUGUGGAGCCGAACCCAGGCAUUCCUGGCGCUGAUCAUUACCAGACUCCUGCGCUGGAGGCCUCUUCUCACCAGGGCCGCCUGGGGCCUUCGGCACACAGCAGUCGGAAACCGUUCUUGGGGGCUCCUGCUGCCACUUCCCAUCUGUCCCUGCCACCUGGGCCACCCUCACCCCCUCCACCCCCCUGUCCCCGCCUCUUACGCCCCCCACCACCUCCUGCCUGGUUGAAGGGCCCAGCCUGCCGGGCAGCCCGAGAGGAUGGAGAGAUCUUAGAGGAGCUCUUCUUUGGGGCUGAGGGACACUCCUCCUGCCACCAAAAUACCUCAGGAAGCUUCAGGCGCCCGGAGAGCCCCCGGCCCAGGGUCUCCUUCCCAAAGACCCCCGAGGUGGGGCCGGGGCCACCCCCAGGCCCCCUGAAUAAAGCCCCCCAGCCUGUGCCGCCCGGGGUUGGGGAGCUGCCUGCCCGAGGCCCGCGGCUCUUUGAUUUUCCCCCUACCCCGCUGGAGGACCAGUUUGAGGAGCCAGCUGAAUUCAAGAUCCUACCUGAUGGGCUGGCCAACAUCAUGAAGAUGCUGGAUGAAUCGAUUCGAAAGGAGGAGGAGCAGCAACAACAGGAGGCAGGCGUGGUUCCCCCAGCCCCCCUGAAAGAACCCUUUGGACCUCUGCAGCCUCCAUUCCCCAGUGACACAUCUCCCCCCACCACUGCUCCUGCCACUGCCACCACCACCACCACUCCAGCCCCAGGCCCCACGACCCCCACCCAGCCGCCCCCACCCUUGCCACUGCCCCCUGCUCGCUCUGAGUCUGAGGUGCUAGAAGAGAUCAGUCGGGCUUGUGAGACCCUUGUGGAGCGGGUGGGCCGGAGUGCCACCGACCCAGCAGACCCAGUGGACACGGUAGACCCAGUGGACAGUGGGACUGAGCGAGUGCUGCCUCCCGCACAGGCUAAGGAGGAGAGUGGUGGGGUGGUAGCAGCAGCAGGGUCAGGCAGCAGUAAGAGGCGGCAGAAGGAGCACCAGAGGGAGCACCAGAGGGAGCACCAGAAGGAGCAUCAGAAGGAGCAUCAGAAGGAGCAUCGGCGGCACAGGCGGGCCUGUAAGGACAGUGUGGGUCGGCGGCCCCGUGAGGGCAGGGCAAAGGCCAAGGCCAAGGCCCCCAAAGAAAAGAGCCGUCGAGUGCUGGGGAACCUGGACCUGCAGAGUGAGGAGAUCCAGGGUCGUGAGAAGGCCCGGCCUGAUCUUGGCGGGGCCUCCAAGGCCAAGCCACCCACAGCUCCAGCCCCUCCGCCAGCUCCUGCACCUUCUGCCCAGCCCACACCCCCAUCAGCCCCUGUCCCUGGAAAGAAGCCUCGGGAGGAAGCUCCAGGGCCACCGGGCGUCAGCAGGGCUGACAUGCUGAAGCUGCGCUCACUUAGUGAGGGGCCCCCCAAGGAGCUGAAGAUCCGGCUCAUCAAGGUAGAGAGUGGUGACAAGGAGACCUUUAUUGCCUCUGAAGUGGAAGAGCGACGGCUGCGUAUGGCAGACCUCACUAUCAGCCACUGUGCUGCUGAUGUUGUGCGUGCCAGCAAGAAUGCCAAGGUGAAGGGGAAGUUUCGAGAGUCCUACCUUUCCCCUGCCCAGUCUGUGAAACCGAAGAUCAACACUGAGGAGAAGCUGCCCCGGGAAAAACUCAAUCCCCCCACACCCAGCAUCUAUCUGGAGAGCAAACGGGAUGCCUUCUCGCCGGUCCUGCUGCAGUUCUGUACAGACCCUCGGAAUCCCAUCACCGUGAUCCGGGGACUGGCGGGGUCCCUGCGGCUCAACUUGGGUCUCUUCUCCACCAAGACGCUGGUGGAGGCGAGUGGUGAGCACACUGUGGAGGUGCGCACCCAGGUGCAGCAGCCUUCAGAUGAGAACUGGGAUCUGACAGGCACUAGACAGAUCUGGCCCUGCGAGAGCUCUCGUUCCCACACCACCAUUGCCAAGUACGCCCAGUACCAGGCCUCAUCCUUCCAGGAGUCGCUGCAGGAAGAGAAGGAGAGUGAGGAUGAGGAGUCAGAGGAGCCGGACAGCACUACAGGAACGCCUCCCAGCAGCACACCAGACCCGAAGAACCAUCACAUCAUCAAGUUUGGCACCAACAUCGACCUAUCUGAUGCCAAGCGGUGGAAGCCCCAGCUGCAGGAGCUGCUGAAGCUGCCCGCCUUCAUGCGGGUCACAUCCACGGGCAACAUGCUGAGCCACGUGGGUCACACCAUCCUGGGCAUGAACACGGUGCAGCUGUACAUGAAGGUGCCCGGCAGCCGAACGCCAGGCCACCAAGAGAACAACAACUUCUGCUCCGUCAACAUCAACAUCGGCCCAGGCGAUUGCGAGUGGUUCGCAGUGCACGAGCACUACUGGGAGACCAUCAGCGCCUUCUGCGACCGGCACGGCGUGGACUACUUGACGGGUUCCUGGUGGCCAAUCCUGGAUGACCUCUAUGCAUCCAAUAUCCCUGUGUACCGCUUCGUGCAGCGCCCUGGAGACCUCGUGUGGAUUAACGCGGGGACUGUGCACUGGGUGCAGGCCACCGGCUGGUGCAACAACAUCGCCUGGAACGUGGGGCCCCUCACCGCCUAUCAGUACCAGCUGGCCCUGGAACGAUAUGAGUGGAACGAGGUGAAGAACGUCAAAUCCAUUGUACCCAUGAUUCACGUGUCUUGGAACGUGGCUCGCACGGUCAAGAUCAGUGACCCCGACUUGUUCAAGAUGAUCAAGUUCUGCCUCCUGCAGUCCAUGAAGCACUGCCAGGUGCAACGGGAGAGCCUGGUGCGGGCAGGGAAGAAAAUCGCCUACCAGGGCCGGGUCAAGGACGAGCCUGCCUACUACUGCAACGAGUGCGACGUGAUGUGUGUCCGGGCCCGGCCCGACCGUCUCCACCCGUCCGCCCGCGGCUCCAGCCGGGGUCUCAUGGUGCUCAAACCCGCUCCCCUCCCCGACAUCCUGCACUUUCUCGGACCAGUGCCCCCACUCCCGACCCGACCCCAACCCUGCCUGAGGGGAGAGUAUCGGGAGGAGGGCCGCAUGAUCGUGAUUGAUGGGGAGGACUGCGCAGACCCCGGCGAGCGUGAACCCCUCCCCGGAGGCGCCUGUGGAAUGUCCAGGGCUCUGGUCCGCUCCUCGGGAUGGGGGGGUGCCUAA